ACAGUGUGGUCCCAGACCCGCCGGUGACCUGUGUGCGACCCGGCAGCGCUGCCACUAUGAGGCGCUACGCUUCACGAUCUCUGAGGCUACCGUCAGUGUCGCUACUGCUGCUGCUGCUUGGUGUUUUCUGCGCUCCGACAGAGGCCUUCGUUAGUGGUCAAAGGGAUCGACAGCAAGUGGAAGAUGUGCUUACGGAAAAGCUGUUUGCCGUCAACAGGAUGCUGGGUAGCAUACAGCGACACGUGCAGCGUCUGGGCAACUGGGAAGAGGCCGUGGGAGACCUGGAGUCGCGCCUGGAUGUACUCGGUGCCGGCGAAGGGGCCGUUUCGGACCAGGCUGCCGACGCGCUGCAGCGAAUGGAGGCUCUCUCGGAGACCUCCUCCGCUGCGCUCUCCAAGCUGGGUAGCGUGGUGACGGUGCAAGAGAGCGCGGCUGACGCGCUGGUCAAUCUCCGUGAUGGUCUGACACAGCGUGUGGCCGCCGUGGCCGAGUCCGUGUCCGGCCUGGCGGGCUCCCAGGCGGCCGAGCACAACCAGACGCGCAGCGCGUGCGGUGACAGCGGCGGCGCGGCGCUGACGGAGCCGCUGACCGACCUGCGGACGGCCGGCGGUCAGAUCACCGAGCUGACGCAGCGCACAGAGGAGACACUGGGUGGCGGCCUACAGCGGGUGGACGGCCGCCUUCAGGAGACCGGCCAGCAGCUCCCCCAGCUGGGCCAGGAGCUGGACGAGGAGCGUCAAGCGCGCCGCUCCUCCGCCGGCUCCCCGCUCGGCUGCAGGGACCAGAACAACAAGCUGGUCGACUGGUACGUGCUGUACAAGCUACCCAUCCUGACCAGCGCUACAGGCUUCGUCCGCAAGGGCUCGGCGUACGUGCACUUCUCGUCGGCCUCGACGGUAGGCCAGUGGACCAUGUCGGAGGUGUCCAUCGACACCCCGCAGUCGCACCCUGGCCUGACGCUGGCGGACGUGUAUGAUCAGCCCGAGCGGGCAGGUCUCCAGUACGUCUUCUACAACGACCAGUGGCCGGACGGUACCACGUCGGGCACCGAGGGCCACACCAAGGGAGUGGUGGCCUUCGAAGGAAGCCAAGGCUUCUGGAUGAUCCACAGUGUGCCCAGGUUUCCUCCAGCGCCGCGGAAGAGCAAGGAAUACAGCUACCCCAGCAAUGGGUACACCCACGGCCAGAGCCUUCUCUGCAUCACGUUCCCCACCAGCGAGCUGACGAAGGUGAAUAAACAAGUGAGUCUCAACGAGCCCUACUGCUACGAUUCCAAGGAUUCUGACAUUCUGUGCCGGCCGAAACAGGCGAGGGAAAACGCAGGUGGACCAUACUUCCCUAGCCACCGAGAUCAUUUCACUGGGCUCCAUGAACAUACUCAACUUGAAGAGACCUCCAGCGUCGAGUCUAUCUUCAGCAUCCACGGCAGCGAGUUCGCCACCUUCGCCAAGAGCCGCAACUACGGCCGCGACCUGUACAGCGUCCUGGUGGCUCCGGCGCUGGAGACCAGUCUGUACGCCGAGACGUGGCGGGCCACGAUGCCGUCCUACUGUUCCGGCCGCUACACGGUGGAGAACGUGCGCAAAGUCACGGUCGCCACGGCCAGCGAGGCGUUCGACUUUGUCUCCAACAAGGACCACAGUAAGUGGGCGGUCUCCACCAGCCGGAACCUGCCGUGGGUCUGUGUCGGAGACGUGAACCGGGCCGACUCGCAGACGAGAAGAGGCGGCGGCACCGCCUGUCUCAGGGAUGAGCGCCUCUGGAAUGUCUACCGACAGACGGUGACCGUUUGGGAGCCAUGUGCUUAGAGCACGUCUGUUACUGCCUUUGCCAGUUAUUAACGACAUCAGAGCCGGUAGAAAUGAAAACUUAAGCUAGCAUUCUCUUUAGAUUUGUGGUCGGAAAAUCACUUAGCCAUAAGCCAGUUAUGGGUGGACAUAUUGAACGCGAUUUAGGAAAAUGUUGCGUUUGCACAUAAAGGAAAUGCAGCGGAAAUGAGUCCUGUCAGCAUUAUUUGUCGAUAAAGCUUUCAUUUAU